AUGGCAGACACAUAUAUCCCUAAGACGGAUCUUUCCCGAUCAGAAUUGUCGAGAGAUGAGUUAACACAACUAGAAGAGUUUGAACUCAAAUACGGACCAAUGUCUUUAAUUCGUGAAGCCAUGCUUCAGAGAACACCUGUAAUAAUAUCCCUCAGAAAUAACCAUAAACUGAUAGCAAGGGUAAAGUCAUUUGAUAAACAUUGCAACAUGGUGUUGGAGAACGUAAAGGAAAUAUGGACAGAAAAGGUAAAAGACAAAAAGGUAAAUAGGGAGAGGUUUAUCGCUAAACUAUUUCUAAGAGGUGACUCGGUAAUAAUAGUGGUCAAAGCAUAG